GCCAGCCCAACCAGGGUGCCCGGAGUUGUCCAGCAGUCCGAGUUCUGCGAGGACCUCACCGCGGCGGGGCGGGCCAACGCCAUGGCCACCAAGUGGUUCCCUGGGGCGCCUUUCGGGGUGCAGAGCCGCAGGUUGGACAUCUCUGCUGUUUCCCCCAGUCGGAAGUUCAGCACCUUCACAGGGGCCCCGGACGCCAGGGUUUAUUCCCUGGACAUGUCCCACAUAGGACCUGGGACUUAUGGCUCCAAGGAGACCUGCUUCAGCAAGAAGAAGCUGAAGAGGGAGGUGGGCACAGGCUGGGCCAGGGCCCAGGAAGCCACCCGGCUGACCCAGCUGCCCCACUUCCAGUACCAGGCCAUCAUGAGAGAGAAGCGGCUGCAGAAGGAAAAGCUGGGGCCUGGCUCCUACAACUUGAAAGACUUCUUAGAACAGCUGCAGGAGAAGCCGGGCAGCACUCGGGGGCUACUCAGCUCCGGGGAGGUUCGCUUCCGAGGCCUCACUGGGAACUACUAUCCGGGCCCUGGAAAUUACGGGGAGAAGGGGAACCCAUACAUGAAGCUGGAGGAGAGCGCCUGGAACCGGUCUCAUUCCGAGGGCCUCAUGUGCAGGAUGACCAACAAGCCACCCCCCUUGACUCCUCAGGGGAGUGGUCUGGCCCCAGGCACCUACACCCUCAAAAGUGGCAUCGAGGCAUACGUGGCACGAUCCAUGGGCACCCGCGGCCCCUAUGACAUUUUCUCUGGGGACCGAAGCAAGCCCCAGCCUUAUGGACAUUACUCGGUGCAGAAAAAAAGGCCCAGGGAACUGAUGAAUUUUAAGAGCUUCGUGGAAGAACUUAACUCGUGUCACAAUAAGAAGCGCGGAGUUUUUUCAAAAGUUUCCCGCAACCCGGAAACCCCUCCAGAAAGAAUUUACUGGGCCACCCUUAGCCAGUGCCCCCGAAAACUAGCCACGUCUGGUCCCGGUAUGUGGCUUCCUCCAGAGAAGGAAUGCAAACACGUCAACCGGCCUCCGUUCCUGCUGUCCUCCAAGCGGAUAGGCAUGAAGGCCUACCAGAUGAUUCUGGGGAGCUGGAACCCUGUAGGGGUGGGGCGCUACCUCAACACCCAGGCGAUGGAGACAAAGGACCAUCGGCAGCGGUACCGGUCCCUGUUCUUGGGCAGAUCCAAGCGCUACCCCUCGGACCCGGCCCAGGACAGGCUCAUGCAGGAAAGAAUCACACCUUUUACUAAGGGGAAGUGCCCUCCAACGGUGGAUCACAAUUCAGAUCCUAUUCCUUAAGGCCACAUAUGAAGGACAGCCUGCAGUGGCCAGAGGACCCAAAGGCCUGAAGACAA